UUUCUUUGAAUUUCCCAGACACCAACCAUAGAGACUCUGUCCAUUCCAUGAGUUCUAACGACUCUGGCAUUAGUGACAAGUUAUCUCCUGGCGCAAAGCCACAAGGCAAGCGACCCGGCCGAAAGCCGCUGGACCCAUCCAAGUUGAAUACCAAUGAUCCAAAGCAGAAACGCAAGGCGCAAAACAGAGCUGCGCAGCGAGCAUUCCGCGAUAGAAAAGAAAAAUAUGUCAGCGAGUUGGAAGAUAAAAUCGCAGAACUCGAGGAAGAAGCGGCAGAUUGGGCCGGUAAAUAUGAACAAGAAACGAAGAACCUUAAGAAGCGAGUUGAAGAACUGGAAGCAGAAAAUUAUGUACUCAAGGGUACAGCAUUCACAUUUGACUUUCCUUUGGAAAAGGCAAAAGCAUCAGCAACACACACUACUACUUCCCAUUCACCACCCAAGGAUGCAGAGUCUGAUGCUUUCAGUAGUCCACAAUUCUCUCGUGAUAGUAGUUAUCCAUUUGAAUCCAAUAGCGAAAAUAAUUCCACGGCCAAUUCACCUCCUAGUCUAAAGGAAGAUAGUCCUAAUAGUGUCAAUAAGGAUAGCUUGUUCAGUACCAGUUUCGGCGACAGUACCAGCAACAGCCUCUUUAACGAUAGUAACGAUCUAUUCUCUACGACUUUCCCUACCACCAGCGAUGAUAACAAGGAUACCCAACAACAGUUUGAUCAACUUCUCUCCGAGCCUAUAUUUGAUCAAUCUGGCGGUCUGACGGAGUUCAUGAACUCGGCGUUCACCACCAACAAUAUGGAUCCAACCUUGUUUACUGAGUAUCGUUUGCCAACCAACGCACAAAUCGAUACUGGUAUCGAUCAUCUUCCCCCGCUCUUCGAGGGGGAUAUGGAUGACCUUGGUUUCUCACCCGUCAGCUCGGAACCCAACAUCACUGACAUUGAACAUGAUCGACCCAGUGCAUGCUCUGAAAACUGGAGGCGUCUUAAGAAGCAUCCGUAUUUUGAUGAUAUGGAUUUAACGUGGCUGUGCGAAGAAAUGCGAAGCAAGGCAACAUGUCGUGGAUCGAUAUAUAGAUUAUCAGAAGACGAUGUUGAUAAGGUCUUGAAGCGCCUUGAUAACUAUGGGCAACUCAAAUGAACCAAAGAUGCCCCCCGUCUCUUUCAUUUCGCUU